AUGGACGACGAGUAUGUUGCACAGAUCCUGGCCAAGGAGGCUAAGGAGAGUUCUAUCAAGUAUGCAUCUCAAGGAAUGAGUGCUUUCAUGCCUUCAAGGCCGACAAGCAAUGCCCCAAAACCCAAUACCCGCUUCCUACGAAAUCUCAUCAAAGUAACAGACAGCCAUAACACAGCUCUCAAGCUCAAAGAAGAAAGAGAAGCACGACAGCGUAUGCGCCAGCUGAAAUAUCAGGCAUCGGGUGCUUCAGGUGCCUUGGUUCCAACUUCGACGGACCGAUCUGAUGAUCGAAGUAAAGUUCGAGGAUCAAGAGACCACCGGAGAGGAGAUCGGGAAGAUCGCAAUCGGUCACAUCGGAAAAGAACUCGAAGUCGCUCCCCUUCGGCGGAACGAGACCGGUCGCGGAGGCAUCGACGAAACGAAGAGUAUGACGGAACUGGAGAGAAAGACAAAUCCCGCGAUGGACAUCGGCGUGAACACAGGGAUCACGAAUCUAUGAGAGAUCAACGGGACGGAGAUAAGGAACACACCAGGCGGCGACGUGAGCGGUCAUACUCGAGGUCUCCAAGUCGUUCUCCGCGCAGGGACCGAAGUACCGACCGUCAUCGCCAUCGAAGACAAAAACGUCAAUCUGGACAUUCUGCUCGCUCCAUUUCCCGUUCCCGCUCACCAGAGUCGUACAAAUCUCGACGAUCAAAGCGGGAAGAUGCAUCGCCACAUGGCUCCCGCCGUUCUCGCCUUGAACCCAGCACGCGGCAUAGACGACUGUCGCCGUUGGCUACUAUAACUGCACGCCAAAAUGAGAUGGGCAACGAAUCCGAUCCCCUAGAAGACCUUGUGGGACCACUCCCUCCUCGACAAAACGAGCCACCUAUCCGCUCGCGCGGGCGAGGUGCCUAUAAACACAGUAUGAGCAAUAUCGAUGCUCAUUUUGCACCCGGCUACGACCCGGAUACCGAUGUGCAUCUAGAUGAAAACAGAUUAGACUCCAUGGGCCAGGAAUCCUCUCGUCGUCCUGUCGCGGGGCUCAUGACAAAAGACGAUGACUGGGACAUGGCAAUGGAGGCGCUGCGCGAUCGUGAGCGCUGGAGGAGUAAGGGCGAGGAGAGGCUACGUACAGCAGGAAUCGACGAGGCCGUCAUUGAUAAAUGGAAGAACAACACUGCUUUUGCGGGCGUGGACGGAGAAGGCAAACCAGAGGAUGUACAGUGGUCGAAGAAAGGUGAAGGACGGGAAUGGGAUCGCGGCAAAUUCGUGGAUGGCGAUGGCCAUAUUGACAUUCGGGCUGCUUGGUAG